AGAGCGAUAGGAGACGUUAUAAUUACAAUAUCAUUUUUGUGCUUGAAAAUGCUUGAAAAGAUUAUGACUGGAAUUGAUGUAUUAAUAUUCGAAAGUAUUGUGUAAUUAAAUUCAAAAAUACUCAUUGAGUUAUAAAAAGAAAUCAUUUCGUUCUGGAAAAAGUGUGAAAAGGUGCACUUAAAAGAAUUUAUGUUCCGUCAAAAGAAUUUCUUUUAAACCUAACAACUCUGACAGUUAUUUUGUAGCUGAUUUCAAACAGUUUGAUGCCAUUGUGUAUGUUCUUAUUUCUUUAAUUUGCAUAAACUUCGGAUACGAAUACUAAUGCUCGCCGAAAGAUCGCCAAAAGACUAAUUUCAAUCAUAGAUUUUUAAGGUGUUGCCAAUGUGAACUUAAUACUAUGGCACAGUACAAUGAACACUUUACUACACCCGAAAGUCAAAACUGGCUAAAGGGAUGGGUGGCAGUGAAGACAGCAGCAGAAGCACUCGCUCCGUUUGCUUGUAAGGUCUGUGAUGAUAUUCGAGUAAAAAAGUUAAAAAAAUCAAUAAAACAUCUUGUUCCUGACCUCUGUGAGAACUGCUCCAUUGUUGAAAUUAUACCGUGCGAUCCAAAUAACAACAUUUGUAAUGCAGGACAAUGCCGUUUUCACAACGGGCGUAUCUUCCGUCCGUGCCUUAUAGUAAAAUGUAACGAAUAUCGCAAUACUGUUACCGACGACAUCCAAAAAGGGAUCGAUAUACGUUUCACUUGCAAUAGCUGCAGGACAACAGAAAUCGUAAAGUGUAAUCCAAGAAAUAAAGUCUGCAAUUCGGGAAGGUGCAAAUUCCAUAUGGACCAAAAUACAAAACAAUUCAUCCCCACAAGGCCAUGCCGGAAUAACAUUUGUGAUACGCUCCGGGAUGCCAUAGAACAGAAACACAGGUUUGGGAAUCCGUCAUGGAAGAAUACCGAUGCGAGGAAAUGGUGUGUUAACGCCUGGGAUAUUGCCAAGUGCUUUAUGCCCCCAGAUGGCUACGCAAAUGUGGACAAUGAGGAAGAUACUGACUUGAAUGGGAUAAUUAGUGUCUACAUCAACUGUGAAGAAUUUCAACAGUAUUUUACCGCUGACCUGUCCCUUCCACGCAAUCUUUGCACCAAGGUCCGUGAUGUUGGAAAGCAUGUCCGCCAUGCCCCGAAACCGGAGGUUACUGACGAUAACUUGAAAGUCUGGUUUACAGACCUGAAGGCCUUAUUAUCUGACCCAACAUUUCACAAAGCAAAUCCCCGUGCACAAGAUGCCAUUGACCAGCUUGAUAAGCUGGAGAGUGACGACUAUGUGAUUCCACCUUCAGACAUCAAAGCAGCACUUGAAUCCUUUAAAUCAGAACUGAAGAAUUAUCUCAUCCGUUAUCACAGUAGAAACAACUCCUCGCUACCGCUUGGUCCUUGCUUAGAUCUGGAAGAUUCAGGACUUUGGGACCUCUAUGUUCGGCCAAACAUUAGUAGGGUUGAUCUACAGUCAAUUCAUAGAGACAAGAAAUCAAUGGAACGCACUACGGAACCUCUCACGAAUUUGGAACAGUUGUUCAGUUCGAAAGGUAUCAUAUUUCUCACCGCAGACGCUGGUGUUGGAAAGACAUCAUUUUGUAAGUUUUUAGUUUUAUCUUGGUGUAAGGUACAAGAGGGAACGACCGAUCUGAAAUCGAAGGUUAGUGGCACUCAAACCCGUCUUAGCGAUAUUGAGUAUUUGAAAGAGUUCACAUAUUUGUUUUACAUCAAUUUACGUGAAAACCAACACGAUACAUUAGAAUAUAUAAUUUUCUCGCAUACAGAAUAUGUUUAUACAAAGUUAACGAAGGAUAAUCAGGCCUUUAAUGAUAUGUUAUCUAACGAAAACGGUUUGUUCAUAUUAGACGGCUUAGAUGAAUGUAGCAUUCCUUCGAUAAAGCCCCUAGCUGAGAAUAGAAAGUAUACUGUUCUGAUUACAUCACGGCCUUGGAAACUUGCAAAUAUACAUAUGCCCAGUAAAUAUACACAUGCGAAAAUUCAGGUUUUGCAACAAGAUGAGUCCAAACAACUUGUUUUUCGUGCGAACAAUUGUUUGAACAAGCAUUUCAAGACAUCAUAUGAGAUAGGUGAUUUCUUAGACGCUAUCAAAACUCGAUUUGUAGAAUCUCAGCUCGAAAAUCCAAUGUUUGCACUGCAGUUGUUAUGUGUCUAUCACGAGAAACGCAGUAAGAAUACAACAGACCCGGGAAAUACACGUCAGAGGGUAUCGACAUACCUUGGUAAGACAAAGUCGCAUAUAUAUGCAAAUAUGAUAGAACUGAUGUUUCGUAGUGUCGAAAAGAAGGAUGAACCACUCGUACAAGAUCUCAUUGAUUUAUAUGAGAACAGUGGUCAAACACAUAACCUUCCCGAAUGUUUCGGUGAAAGAAAUUACACAUGCAGUAGUUUGGCAAAACUAAUUAACGCUAUUGGAAAACUGGCUGCCUAUUCACUCUUAGACGAUCAUAAAUCUUUCAUAGAAGAACGACAAAUAAGGGAACUUAACAAAAAGGAAAAAUUGGUACUUCUCAAAUCUGGUCUUCUUUCUGAAACAAGCUUGAACACUUUAUCAGAAAAGAGAAAUGUGUAUACAUUUUUACAUCAGACUUAUAGAGAGAUGCUAGCCUGUGUGUUUCUAUCCUCGCAAGAUUUUGAAAGUGAUAUAUGGAGAAAGUUUAUAAUCGAAUUUAAUUCUGUCACGUCACCCGAAAUGUUGUCUUUUUUAUGUGUCAUGAACUACAAUCAAGGUUGCAAGUGUUUAGAUAAGUUCAAUGAAAAGAAACUGUUGUUUCAAAGAGGCGGGUUUUCUUUAUUAUUCGAACUUAUUGACUAUCAAACUACAAUGACAAUGGCUUACAAAGAAUGUUCCGACAAUGGCAUUAAGAAGCCACAAAUUAGGUUGAAACACGCACUGCUUGACCCAGAUAUUGGCAUUAGAACUGAUCAUGCACUUUUGCAAGAAAGUGGUCUUGAGUUGGAAACACUAUUCAUUUCCGACUAUUCAGUUACCACAGUAAUAGAACCGAACUUGUUCACAAAUUCGUUGGCGCACUUACAGGUACACGAUGCUACGUUCCACGCUGACCAUAUCGUACUUUCGGACUGUACACAACUCUUAACGAUAGAACUAUGGAACACCCACAUAUCGCACUUAACCAUCAACCCAUCUCGUCUAGAGAUGUUCUCUGUCACCACAAAGUCUAAACUGAUACAAGAAAUGCCGCCCAUGAGGGUGUCCUUUGUUAGCGGGUCGCAAUUCUCUUCCAAUCUGAAAGAACUCAGCUUAGUGCACGUUGUCGUGGAUGUUCCCCUUGAUUUAGCAAAUUGUAAGCAAUUACAGCGAUUAGUUAUGACAAAUACCUCAUCUGGUACUAUGAAAAAUAAAAGCGUCGUAUACAACAUGCAACGUUGUGAUGCACUUCAGGAACUGCGGCUUGGCACAUUGACAUUCCCUGCAGAUACGCACCUGGAUCUCAGUGAAUGCACGUGUUUGACUGAUAUAUCAUUGGCAAGAUUAAAGACGGAUAUAACCGUUCAGUUUCCACAAAAUGUGCAUGAAAUAUCCAUAGACGGUGUAACCGUCCGCAAAAAUACACACCUUGAUCUCAGCGGUCUCACACAUCUCUCAAAGAUCACUAUACAGAACACCCGUCUGUCCCACGUAACCAUCAACCCGUCUUGUCUAGAGAAGUUCUGGGUUUACGUGAAGCCUGAACUAAUACAAGAAAUACCGCCCGUGAAGCUGUCCUUUGUUGGCGGGUCGCAAUUCUCUUCCAAUCUUAAAGAACUCAGCUUAGUGCACGUGACCAUGGAUGUUCCCCUUGAUUUGGCAAAUUGUCCGAAAUUGCAGCAAUUAGUUAUGGAAAAUACCUCAUCCGAUUCUGUAACAGGUAAAUGCGUUGUACGUAUCAUGCAACGUUGUGAUGCACUUCAGAAACUGCGGCUUGACACAUUGACAUUCCCUGCAGAUACGCACCUGGAUCUCAGUGAAUUAACGUGUUUGACUGAUAUAUCAUUGGUAACAUUAAUGACGGAUAUAACCGUUCAGUUUCCACAAAAUGUGCAUGAAAUAUUCAUAGACGGUGUAACCUUCCGCAAAAAUACACACCUGGAUCUCAGCGGUCUCACACAUAUCUCAAAGAUAACUAUACAGAAUACCCGUCUGUCCCACGUAACCAUCAAUCCGUCUUGUCUAGAGAAGUUCUGGGUUUACGUAAAGCCUGAACUAAGACAAGAAAUACCGCCCGUGAAGUUGUCCUUUGUUAGCGAGUCGCAAUUCUCUUCCAAUCUUAAAGAACUCAGCUUAGUGCACGUGACCAUGGAUGCUCCCCUUGAUUUGGCAAAUUGUCAGCAAUUACAGAAAUUAGUUAUGGAAAAUACCUCAUCCGAUUCUGUAACAGGUAUAUGCGUUGUACGUAGCAUGCAACGUUGUAAUGCACUUCAGGAACUGCGGCUUGAAACAUUGACAUUCCCUGCAGAUACGCACCUGGAUCUCAGUGAAUUAACGUGUUUGACUGAUAUAUCAUUGGUAACAUUAAUGACGGAUAUAACCGUUCAGUUUCCACAAAAUGUGCAUGAAAUAUUCAUAGACGGUGUAACCUUCCGCAAAAAUACACACCUGGAUCUCAGCGGGCUCGCACAUCUCUCAAAGAUAGCUAUACAGAAUACCCGUCUGUCCCACGUAACCAUCAACCCGUCUUGUCUUGAGACGUUCUGGGUUAACGUGAAGCCUGAACUAAUACAAGAAAUACCGCCCGUGAAGUUGUCCUUUGUUAGCGAAUCGCAAUUCUCUUCCAAUCUUAAAGAACUCAGCUUAGUGCACGUGACCAUGGAUGUUCCCCUUGAUUUGGCAAAUUGUCAGCAAUUACAUAAAUUAGUUAUGGAAAAUACCUCAUCCGAUUCUGUAACAGGUAUAUGCGUUGUACGUAGCAUGCAACGUUGUGAUGCACUUCAGGAACUGCGGCUUGACACAUUGACCUUCCCUGCAGAUACUCACCUGGAUCUCAGCGGUCUCACACAUCUCUCAUCAAUAACUAUACAGAACACCCGUCUGUCCCGUGUAACCAUCAACCCGUCUUGUCUAGAGAAGUUCUGGGUUUACGUAAAGCCUGAACUAAUACAAGAAAUACCGCCCGUGAAGUUGUCCUUUGUUGGCGGGUCGCAAUUCUCUUCCAAUCUUAAAGAACUCAGCUUAGUGCACGUGAACAUGGAUGUUCCCCUUGAUUUGGCAAAUUGUCAGAAAUUACAUAAAUUAGUUAUGGGAAAUACCUCAUCCGAUUCUGUAACAGGUAUAUGCGUUGUACGUAGCAUGCAACGUUGUGAUGCACUUCAGGAACUGCGGCUUGACACAUUGACCUUCCCUGCAGAUACUCACCUGGAUCUCAGCGGUCUCACACAUCUCUCAAAGAUAACUAUACAGAAUACCCGUCUGUCCCACGUAACCAUCAACCCGUCUUGUCUAGAGGAGUUCUGUGUUUAAGUAAAGCCUGAACUAAUACAAGAAAUACCGCCGGUGAAGUUGUCCUUUGUUGGCGGGUCGCAAUUCUCUUCCAAUCUUAAAGAACUCAGCUUAGUGCACGUGACCAUGGAUGUUCCCCUUGAUUUGGCAAAUUGUCCGCAAUUACAGAAAUUAGUUAUGGAAAAUACCUCAUCCGAUUCUGUAACAGGUAUAUGCGUUGUACGUAGCAUGCAACGUUGUGAUGCACUUCAGGAACUGCGGGAUGACACAUUGACAUUCCCUGCAGAUACGCACCUGGAUCUCAGUGAAUUAACGUGUUUGACUGAUAUAUCAUUGGUAAGAUUAACGACGGAUAUAACCGUUCAGUUUCCACAAAAAUGUGCAUAAAAUAUUCAUAGACGGUGUAACCUUCGGCAAAAAUACACACCUGGAUCUCAGUGAAUUCACGUGUUUGACUGAUAUAGCAUUGGCAAGAUUAACGACGGAUAUAACCGUUCAGUUUCCACAAAAUGUGCAUAAAAUAUCCAUAGAAGAUGUAACCUUCGGCAAAAAUACACACCUAGAUCUCGGCAGUCUCACACAUCUCUCAAAGAUAAUUAUACAGAAUACCCGUCUGUCCCACGUAACCAUCAACCCGUCUUGUCUAGAGGAGUUCUGGGUUUACGUAAAGCCUGAACUAAUACAAGAAAUACCGCCGGUGAAGUUGUCCUUUGUUGGCGGGUCGCAAUUCUCUUCCAAUCUUAAAGAACUCAGCUUAGUGCACGUGACCAUGGAUGUUCCCCUUGAUUUGGCAAAUUGUCCGCAAUUACAGCAAUUAGUUAUGGAAAAUACCUCAUCCGAUUCUGUAACAGGUAUAUGCGUUGUACGUAGCAUGCAACGUUGUGAUGCACUUCAGGAACUGCGGCUUGACACAUUGACCUUCCCUGCAGAUACGCACCUGGAUCUCAGCGGUCUCACACAUCUCUCAAAGAUAAAUAUACAGAACACCCGUCUGUCACGCGUAACCAUCAACCCGUCUUGUCUAGAGAACUUCUGGGUUUACGUAAAGCCUGAACUGAUACAAGAAAUACCGCCCAUGAAGUUGUCCUUUGUUGGCGGGUCGCAAUUCUCUUCCAAUCUUAAAGAACUCAGCUUAGUGCACGUGACCAUGGAUGUUCCCCUUGAUUUGGCAAAUUGUCCGCAAUAUCAGAAAUUAGUUAUGAAAAAUACCUCAUCCGAUUCUUUAACAGGUAUAUGCGUUGUACGUAGCAUGCAACGUUGUGAUGCACUUCAGGAACUGCGGCUUGACACAUUGACAUUCCCUGCAGAUACGCACCUGGAUCUCAGUGAAUUCACGUGUUUGACUGAUAUAUCAUUGGUAAGAUUAACGACGGAUAUAACAGUUCAGUUUCCACAAAAUGUGCAUGAAAUAUUCAUAGACGGUGUAACCUUCUGCAAAAAUACACACCUGGAUCUCAGCGGUCUCACACAUCUCUCAAAGAUAACUAUACAGGAAACCCGUCUGUCCCACGUAACCAUCAACCCGUCUUGUGUAGAGAAGUUCUGGAUUGCCGUGAAGCCUGAACUGAUACAAGAAAUACCGCCCAUGAAGUUGUCCUUUGAUGGCGGGUCCAAGUUCUCAAGCAAACUUACGAUGCUAAGCUUAGUACAUACAUCGAAUAAUCAUAGCGUAGAUUUAUCGGAAUGUGUACAGUUACAAACACUCAGAACAUGUGAUAUAUUACAAAUAGGGACAUUAGGCCUUCCACAUCUGGAGGAGGCUCGAUUGUUUUGGAGCACAAACAGACUUUGGCAACAAUGUUUUACAGCUCAUUUCUGAAAGUAGUUGUCCUUGUAGAAGAAUAUGGUUCGAAAACCUAUCUCCGGAAAUAUUCAGUUCAUUGACUGUUAGUCGAACUUAUGCUCAGAAGUUUGAAUCAUUCAAGUUUCGCUUUAUGCUUUUUGACAUAAAUGUUUUUGAUUUUAUCAAGACGGUUGCUGUGAAAAAGGUUGAAUUUGAAGAGGUGAAAAUAGUUAAAGCCCAGCAGCUUGUAGCCUUACUGACAUGUACAGAGCCUAUUCAGGCCUCAGACAAUACUGCAGACGGAACGGUCGAAUUGCCAGUCGGGCUCCGUGUAUCAGAUAUCAGUUUCUCUGAAUGUCCUGUUCUGGGUUCUACAGUUGAGGAAUUAGAUUCGGCGAUUGAAUGUUUACGACGGGUUUGGGAGAUAAAGGAAGUCAAGAUAGAAACACAGCAGUCUAGCAUUUCCAACACCGUCUGCGGUGAAGACAUUAUUAGCGAGAAUCACAUUGUGUUGAUGAGUUUGCAGCUGAAAUCAAAUUAACUUAAGUUCGCAUUGGAUAGAAAUCAAGAUAGUGCAUCUUUAAAUUUAACGAUCCAGCGAAAUGAAUAGUUUUACCAUUUAAUGUUUGUACAUAAAGUUUCGUCUUACACAUUCAUAUUUCGUUUAUCUUAAAUAGUCAUAUUCCGUAUCGUCUUACACAGUCAUAUUCCGUUACGUCUUACACAGUCAUAUUCCGUUACGUCUUACACAGUCAUAUUCCGUUACGUCUUACACAGUCAUAUUCCGCUACUACGUCUUACACAGUCAUAUUCCGUUACGUCUUACACAGUCAUAUUCCAUUACGUCUUACACAGUCAUAUUCCGUUACGUCUUACAACGUCAUAUUCCGCUACGUCUUACAACGUCAUGUUCCGUUACGUCUUAAACAGUCAUAUUUCGUUACGUCUUACACAUUCAUAUUCCAUUACGCCUUACAACGUCAUAUUCCGUUUCGGCUUACAACGUCAUAUUCCGUUUUUUGGUUACAACGUCAUAUUCCAUAUCGUCUUAUAAAGUUGUCCCCUGUUUAAUCGCAGAAUUGGGUGCCAAAACCUUUCAGAUGUUUUUUUAUAUAUUUUGUGGAUAUUUCGAUAUCACGCAGGACAAAUUAUGUACAGUGAGCUUUUGUUGUAUUUUUACUUUCGUAUUUUUUUUGUAUCUGCCUGUUGAAUAUAUUAUAAUUGUGAUUUCCAAACAAAUAAAGAAGCACAUAACAGUGGCAUUAGCUUCUUAUUUAGUAAGCUAAAACAUAAGAAUAUUAAUUUCUUGUGUGAUUCAUCCCGCUAUAGAACAUGUAUUUAUAUCCCGUUUCAAAUAUUUAAAAAAGAACGUUUAAAAAUUUGAGAAAAAAUAUGUAACUUUUUCAUAUGUCUGUCACACAAGUGAAUAAAUUGAUAUGCAAAAAUGAUAUUACAAAUAAAUACAUGCUGAUAUAAAGUUUGGAACCUGAAAAUACGAUUGCUAGUACAUUUAUGCGUGUACUUAUACUUUAUAUUGUUUGCAGCGUUUACGAUAGUUUUGUGGGUUUAUACAUGAUCAAAGUUUUUACAUAUGAAAACAUAUAUAAGCAGAUAUUAAAGGGACCAAUCAACAGGGUCAGAAGUUCCCACUAAAUAUUUCUUGUAAAUUGUUUUUGUUUUUUUUAAAUGACAGGAGAUGCUCUAUUUUUCCAAAAAAGCAAUAUUAACGAUACUGAAAGUAGAUUGUUAUAGACUUCGACUUUAAAAUUUUGUUCAAAUCAGUAUAUGCCAGUGAUCGUUCUUGUGUUCGCGUAAUAAUAUGUAUAUGAACUUGAUUUCAAGUUUUAAGAAAAUCUUUGGGUGUGUCUCUUUAAACAUGUUGUGCAUGCAGUUUUCUUAUCUGUAUAUUGUAUGUAUUGAAAACAUUCUGGUGACAAACAAACAUUGAUAAAAACUGACACCGAUUUGUAUUUCAUAUUUUGAAAAUCGUUUUACUUUAGAUAUUCCUUUUUUAUAUUUCAACAUAGAAAUAUUCAUCAUUAUUGUUACUGUUUGGAUCUGUGGAAAAGAUAUUCUAUUUACAGGAGUAGUGUAUUUUGUUUAUUCGUUGUAUUAAAGCUGCACUCUCACAGAUUGAUUGUUAUGACUCUUUUAUUUCUGAAAUGAGCCAAUCUUAGCCUUUUCUACUGGAAAUCAGUGACAUAAGACUGCUGACAAAAGAGCAGACCGUUGUUUUAUAUUAACGUAAAAUGGAUGUUUUAUGGCUAAAAUUGUUACUAAUACUUUAAGAAAUAUAAUUUUAUCGGCUGUUUUCCAAACAAUUGAGAACAUUUCUGUUGUGAGUUGUCUUUUAUGACUGUAUUAAGGCAUUAGUACCAAAUCAGCUAAUUCUGAGGCAAAAUAAAUCAAAUAAAAAUCAAAAAUUUGUGAGAGUACAGGUUUAAAGUUACUUUGAAAUGUUUUACGAAAAGUCAUCGUGCGGAUACCCACGGGAGACCUAUUUAUCUGUUGCAUGGAGUGAGCGGAAUGUGUAAGUCGUGGGUCUCCGACGGUGACAAGACUCUGUAUAAAUGUUAUGUUUGCGACUAGUUUGUAUACAGUGUCCAUUUCAAUGCUCUACUGAAAGCAAUAAAAACACUAUUAAAAUAAAAUAAAGAUUUACCAACAUUUUGAACCCAUAUUAUGUAUUGAAACGGACUCUGUAUGAAUGUUAAAACUUAACUGAAACGUUCCGUAAUAUUUUGUCAAUCAAGAUUCAACUUGCGCUCAUGUGUCAUAGGGUGUGUUAACUUGUAUACAGUCGAACCCCGUUGGCUCGAACUCCAAGGGACCGGCGAAAAAAACCUCGAGCCUCGGAAAUCUCGAGCCAAGCGGGAAUGCCUUUGUUUAGUAUAAUAUAGAAAUCGGUCCUAAACAUUCAGUUCGAGCCAACGAGGAAUUCGAGCCAAGCGAAUUCGAGUCAACGGGGUUCGACUUUAUAAGAAAAUAUUUUGGAUGCAAACAAUUUAAUUCAUAAUAUUAACUACAAAUGUAAAUGUUUACAAAUGUUAUGUACAUGUAAUACAAGUUCUUGUUGAGUUUUUUAUUUAUAAUAAUGUGAAAAAUGAAUGCAACAAGCAUUUAUAUUCAUAAAAUUUGAUAGUAAUAUUGUGUACAAAACAUGCAUUAUCUAAGAUGGUUUCUGUCAAACAUGUAGCCAUUUUGCAAAUGUUAUGUACAUGCACUACCAGUUCUAAGUGGAUCGAUAUUGACUUCAUGUAUUGUAUAUAAUCAUGUUUAAAUAAUGCAAGGAAUAUUCGUGAUCAAAAAAUGUUUGUUAGUAGUCCAUGCCGUUAUUUUUCAUGGCGAUCAUUGAUAAUAAUGUAUUAUGAAAUAUUAUUUGUUAUACAUGCAUAUGCAAAAAGUAUUUUUUUGCAAGAAAUGAUGCAAAACAAAAUGUAUUAAUAAAUUAUCUUAAUUGA